GGUCGUGUCCUCGUGUACCGGUUAACGAAAAUUGCGUGACCAAGUACCGGUUAACGAAAAUUGCCUUACCAACCAAAACAUAGCGUGAAAACUAAUUAACAAAAAAUUCGUGACACUAGUCGACCGAAAGAUAGGGUGGCUUGAGUCAUAGAAAUGUUUGAAUGGCCAGUUUGGUUUAUUUGGCCAGUUGGGUCACUUUUGCCAUUUAGGCUAGGUGGGCCACCUAGGCCAGCUGGGUCACUUGGGCCAUUUAGGUCAGUUGGGUCACUUGUGCCAUUUAGGCUAGUUGGGUCACCUGGGCGACUUAGUCCAGUUGGGUCACUUGGGCCAUUUGGUAUUUAGGCCAGCUGGGUCACUUGGGCCACUUAGGCCAGUUGAGUCACUAGGGCCAUUUGGAGCAUUUAGGCCAUUAUUCCCGGUCAUUUAGUUUGGGUCACUUGGGCCAGUUGGGACAUUAAGGGCCGAACUUUUCCCGCCAGAAUACAUCCGCUGACCAACGCGCCUGUCUGCAUUAUUCCCGCCAUCGUCCAGCUAUAUAAACGCUUUAAAACGUACAUAGCCACUUUAAACGGUCCUAACCCACUAGUUUUCGAUUUUCGUCGGAGCAUUAUGGACACACAAAGUAAUGUCACUUCUACCACAGAACUGGAAUCUCAGCUGGGCCAAAUUCGACUUUCUAUCGACGAAAUUGUACCCCAACGUGUUCGUCAAUGGCUUUCGGCGUUUGCAUGCAGCAAUGGCACGACGAGCGAGAUGCUGCUUUGUUCUUCCUUGGUGUCUACGAGUUCUUUACUUGGUCAUACAACGGUUAAGCUUUUUGGCUCCUACGAGGAGAAGGCAAAUCUUCAUCUUAUCGCUACUGCUCCUUCUAGAACGGGAAAAACACCAGCUUGCUAGAAGGGAUGCGUUGAGCCUAUCGUGGGUCACGUUGAAGAAAAGAUCCAAGCCAGCAUUGUCAUAGAUGAGACAUCAUCAAGUGGCCUGUUCAACCAUUUUCUGGGAGGUUUGUGUUUUAGACACUGUUAACUAUUUUUUUUUUUGCGUGUAGUAAGCACCCUAGUAUUAUAAACAUUAAAGGCAAUGGAAUUUCCCAGUGAAAAUUGUGUGACAUAGGGUCAACAACAAGAUAGCGUGACAAAUGAAAUGGAAGCCUUAACAAAUAAAAGACAAUACCAAUGGAAAAAAUAUGAAUAUUUCACUUAUCAUAUUCACUAUAAUUUUUAAAAAUGUUAAGUUGUUUGUUAGUAAUGCAACAGAAUUUGUGUACCUAAUUGUUAGUCUGUUCUUUACAAGCAUUACUAAACAUGUGACCUAACUUACUUCCAUUUUAGGGUAGGUGGGUAGAUUAGGGAAUUUUAGUAGUUAGGUUAAUUUUUAUUCAAAUUAACUAACAUUCAGCUACCAAGCAAGAUCUGAGUAAACAAUUUGUCAAGUAUAACCAAAUUGAUAAUAAAAAUUAAAACAUUGUAAUUCAUUUUUGUAGCCUCAACUGUGCCAAUCCUGUGUGUCGACGAGGCAUACUCACUCCUGCAGAGACUGACACAUCAAGGAAAGUCAACAUCUCAGAUGAGUCUCUCAAUGGAACGUCUCUGCAAAUGCUACGAUGGGGAUUUCUGGUAUGUACUUAAAGGGACAAAAGGCAAGCGAGUUGGAGUUACAUCUGCCAAAUUAGCCCUCCUCGCUUUUACCACCCCCCAGCAAUUCCUUGAGUCAGUAUGGCCAAAACUUGUAGCCUCCAAAAAUGGCUUGGCAGAGAGAAUGCUGUUCUUUUAUCAAAGAAGAUCAGAAGAUCUUGACCUGGAAGCCAUGGCAGAAAAUUCAGAUUCCCUUGAUGAGUUUGCUGUGAAAUCACUUGGGGAUGUCUUCGAAAAGAUUUAUGUGGAACACAACACGACACCAGCUCUAAAGUAUACCCUGACUGCCACUGCCAAGGAACUUUUCUUCAAGUACAGCAAACCAAGUGAAGACGAUAGCCAAGGUGCCGGCAUUUGUGGAAUUUUUUCCACAGGUUCAAAGAAAUACAAAAACACUUUGCGUGUUGCAUUAAACAUGCAUGUACUGUACCACCGCCUAACCAAAGCUCUUGAUUUAGAGUCAGGUACCACACCAACAGCAAUAACUGCAGAGACCAUGCAAAUGGCAAUAACAUUCACUGAGACUCUUGAGACCAUGAAGGGAAUCUCAGAACUGUCGUGCCGUCUGCAAAGGUCAUCAAUGGGACUCAAGGUGGGAGUUCUUAGUGAGGAUAUACAAAACAGAAUUCUGCGUCUACCUGGACCGUUUGUAUGUGCACGAAGAGUGGUACGAAGCUACUCCUCGACAAGAAGGCCAAGCAGUAAAGCUGUCCAGGAAGCCAUGGCAAGCUUACAGGAUACUGGGACUGGUACAGUUCUGACACUUAACAAAUUGGUAGUUUUUCUUAAGAAACUUCCAACAAUGGAUGAAGGAAAGACAGUGGUUUUGAUAAGCAAAAUACAACUUUUGGAUAAUCAAAGCUUGGUAGCAGCACCUUUAUGUCCACGAAAUGAUUAUGGCAGCAAUGACAUCCCUGAAAUGACUGAAGUGGAUGAAGAUGAGGACACUGGUAAUGUAUCUGAUGAUGCCCUGCCAGCUCCAGUUGAUAAUGGCAAUGAUGACAAUUUAGAUCCAGCAAUCACACUUUACACAGAGUAUAUAAAAUUGAAGGGCUGUACUUACCAUGAUCACUUUCAAGAAGUGCUCAAGGCUUGCGAGUUAAGGCUGCAGGCCAGUAAUGAGAUACACUUAAGGCUCUUCUAUGAACCAGCAAAUGUUGCAGAUGAGAAUGCUGUUGUGGCUCAAGUGUUACAAGAUCAAGACUGGGUGCAAAUUGGUUACAUACCAGGAAAAAAAGUACAAAAAGUUCUUGAUGCACUCCAAUCGACAUCCAUCAAAGUUAUCAAGAUUAAGAAAAUAGAACAUUCUUACAUUUGGUCCAUUAGUGCAUUUAAAUAUAUUCCGACAUUGAUAGUCACUAAAGAGGGGCGUUGGCCAAGGGACAAUGAAAACUAUAGCUACAACGACUGA